AUGUGGAGGCAGGUGUCAGUUGCUGGAUCACCGCACAAUCGUUGUGAAAAUCCAUUCCCCGCGUGCGCCGUGCGGGUACCAUGCCUGGGCUCGCCAGGAGAAGGCAUUCCAGCAAAGCUUGAACUUUACUUCCCACCUGUUCCAUCUGUACAAGACGUAACAUUACUCCGGGUGCUCCGGUUUCUUCCGACAUGCCGCUGCUGGAUGGACGCGCUGGAGCUGGCGCUGCGCUGCUCCAGUCUGCUCAAGCGCACGAUGGCGCGGGAAGGCAAGGACGUGGAGAAGGUCGUACAGGCCGACGGCACCCUGCUGGGGCUGCUCCGCACUGGGACUCUGCACGACGGCUCGCAGUACGAGCUCAACGAGGGUGCAGCACUGGCUCAGAUAUCGCUCACCAACGAUGGGGUGUCCGACAGGUCGGACAGCGACGGGGACGAGGGCGCGCACAGCGAAGACAGCGACUCGGACACGUCGGAGAGAGCCGAUGACAGCAUCAGGGGCACCGGGCGGCUCAAGGAGACCACGUACUGCCAGCAGACCGACGAAGAGCUGGGCCAGGUGGGGGAACUGUCGCAGAUGGAGGAGGUGUCGGAGGAGCACAAGGGUCUCAUCUGGGGUCUCAUCAAGCAGCUGCGGCCAGGCAUGGACCUGUCGCGCGUGGUGUUGCCCACCUUCGUGCUGGAGCCGAGGUCUUUUCUGGACAAGCUCUCCGACUACUACUACCACGCCGACCUGCUCUCGCAAGCGGCAUUGGAGGAGAAUGCCUACGGCCGCAUGAAACAGGUGGUACAGUGGUAUCUCUCCGGCUUCUACAAAAAACCACAGGGACCAAAGAAGCCUUACAACCCAAUUCUUGGAGAAACUUUCCGAUGCAUGUUACAUCCUUCUACCGACAGCAAGACCUACUACAUCGCUGAACAGGUGUCUCAUCAUCCUCCCGUCUCGGCAAUAUACGUCAGCAACCGGAAGGAUGGCUUCUGUAUCAGCGCCACCGUGUUCGCCCGAUCAAAGUUCUACGGAAACUCGCUGUCGGCGAUCCUCGACGGCACGGUCCGCCUGAGCUUGCUGGAGCGAGGGGAGGAGUACGUCAUCACCAUGCCUUACGCCCACUGCAAAGGCAUUCUGUAUGGGACCAUGACACUGGAGCUUGGUGGAAAGAUUGGAAUUGAGUGCCAGAAGACCGGCUACAGCGCCAGCAUUGAGUUCAAGCUCAGGCCCCUGCUUGGUGGAAAUGACUGCGUGAAUCAGAUUUCUGGAAAAAUCCAACUCGGAAAGGAAGUCUUCUGCACCCUGGAAGGCCACUGGGACCGAGAGGUGUUCAUCCAGGACCACAAGACGGGAGCCUCGGAGGAGUUCUGGAAUCCGGACGCCGAGGUCAGGGCACGCAGGCUGACGAGGCACCUGGUGCACCUGGAGGAGCAGGGCGACUACGAGUCGGAGAAGCUGUGGCAACACGUCACGACGGCGAUCUCACAGCGGGAUCAGCACGAGGCGACGCAGCAGAAGUUCCUGCUGGAGGAGGCCCAGAGGGAGGGGGCUCGUGAGCGCGCUGAGCAGCAGGAGGAGUGGACGCCGUGCCUCUUCGAGUUGGAGCCCCUCGUGGGAGAGUGGCAGUACAAAUACGCAGACCUCCGCCCGUGGGACCCUCUCAACGACAUCGCGCAGUACGAGCAGGACGGCGUGAUCCGGACCCACGUGCGGCACGACUCGAGCGUGGCGCGCUGCGCCAGCGCCCUGGGGCUCAGUCCGAGCGCCGCCGCUCCUUCCUGCAGCGCCGCCGGGAGGGCAGCGGUGGCACAGUGGCUCACGCAGUGCCCAACGAACCUGGCUACCUGUGUUAAAUUCCUGGACGUGGCUAACAUCAAUCUUGCCAUCGUUGGGAGAUCGUCCAAAGAUGAGAAGAGGAGCGAGCGACGUGACCAGGAGAGCCGGGCAUCGACACCCGACCUCGAUCACCGCGACUCCUCCGACAUGGACGGUGCGACGCGAACCGCCAUUGCGAUGAUGCAGAAAUGUAAACAUGGGACGGCCCUCUUUGUCAGUCCACCGCUUGGAGGCCUCCAACGCCGUACGGAUUGUGAGGGUUUAUUUGACCAUGCUUCACCGCGCUGGUCGGUGCAGGUGGUCAAGGGCGGAGAGCAUAGACGUUGGAAGAUGGCGGUGUUGGAGUAUGCUUGGGAUUUCUAUGGUCGAGUACAGGAACUCCUCUACUUACGAACGUUCGACUUACGUACGUUUAGAGAUAUGAACAAACCUGUCCGUAUGUCCAUUUGCCUGUUCGGACCGAGAGUU